GGAUCAUUGUAUAUUUUAAUUUCACUGUGUUGCGAAUCCAGUGAUAAUGAGGCUGAUUUUGUUUGGCUUGCUAUCCAUGUGUUGUAACAAGAUAGGUUUUAAGGUGAUUUCCAAAGAAGGCACGAGUCACACAGAGAUUUAGAAGCUUCAGAGAUUGGGGCUGAGGUAAUUAAAGCAAUGCUGAAGAGGUUCGAAUUAUCGGAAUGGCCUAGUGGUAUUAUCGCUGGACUGUUAAUCCAGAGACCCAGGUAAUGUUCUGGGGACCUGGGUCCGAGCGCUGCCACGGCAGCUGGUGGAAUUUGAAUUCAAUAAAUAUCUGGAAUUAAAAGUCUAAUGAUCACCAUGAUUCCAUUGCUGGUUGUUGGAAAAACCCAUCUGGUUCACUAAUGUCCUUUAGGGAAGGAAACUGCCAUCCUUCUUGAUCUGGCCUGCAUGUGACUCCAGAUCCACAGCAAUGUGGCUGACUCAUAACUGCCCUCUGGGCAAUAAGUGCCGCUAGCUACGCCCUCAGUCGAUGAAUAACGAAAAAAAUGCAUAUAUCUUGGAGAGUUGUGAGUCUUGGGGAAAUAAUAAAGAUGGUGAAGGGAAAAGCAAAGGAGGAAUAAAAAUUAACAUAUGAUUAUAUGUAGGUCAGUAAGCACUGGAGUAGUAAGUGAACAUGUCUUGGUACAAGUACACAGAGUUUUGGGAUGUCAAGUUUAUAAGGAGUAGAACGUGGAAGCUUAACUCAGAGUGUGUUGGAACAGUCAAGUCUUGAGACCACAAAGGCAUAGAUGAAAGUUUUCAGCAGCAGAUGACUUGAAAGCAGGAACAGAGUUAGAUGCUGAUUUGAAGGUGGAAGUAGGUAGUCGUGGUAAUGACACAAAUGUGUAUCUGGACGCUCAUCUCAGGGUCAAAUAUGAUUUCAAACGUUGUGAACAGUUUGAUUCAGCCAUAUAGACCGUUGGCAGGUUGGGCAAGCAGUCUAAUCAAUCAUUUACUAUGGAGUCACAGGUGAGGCAGAGUUGGGGAUCUUCAGCAUGCACGUAAAAGCAGACACCGUGUAAUGGUGUCGCCAAAUUGCUGAAAGCAGAUGAAAAUUGGGGGUGGGAGCAUAGGACAAGUCUAGAUCCUUAGGGGAUGCCAGAACAGGAAGAGAAGCAUUGUAGAUGACACGCUGUCUAGGAUUAGAUAUAGACCGAAGCAAGAGCAAUUUUGAAGGGUUACUGGUGUCGAAAUGUUAACUGUUUUCUCUCCACAGAUGCUGCCAGACCCGCUGAGUUUCUCCAGCCAAUUUCUACUUAUGCUUCAGAUCUCCAGCACCCGCAGUCGUUUUUAUUAUUCAAGCAAGAGCAGUUCAUCCAACUGGACAACAUGGAAAAGAAUUGUGUGACCAAACAUGUCUAAGGUUGCAGAAAGAGACCUUUGUCUCCGCCCCAUCCCUUUCUCUCAUUUUAUUCUUGUGACUUCCCUCCUCUUUCCCGCUUUAUUCCCUUUUUAAGAGUACUGCUGUUUUCUCACCGCUGCGCCUAGCUCCAUUAACGUUUCCUUCCGUGUAUACUCCAGCCCGGUAGUUCUGAAGAACAGUGGCAUUUCAGAUGUUUUUUUCCGGGUAUCUGACUGCAUUUCCGUGAUCCGCUCGACUGCCUGUAUGUUAUCUAAAUUGACAACAAUGGUGACUAAUGAUGGAGGCGGAGGCGGGGGCGGGAUUUCCGGCGCCGUGUGUAAGCGAUUGUGACGGGAGAAAAACACGGCGCCAGCGGACUGAGGCCAACGGUCACUCGUGAGAUAGCGGAGCGCGGGAUAGUGAGGCUGUGCAUCUCGAGACCAGUACUGAGCCCCACAGAGAGGGGAUUGGGUGGGGGUGGUGAAAGGGCCGAGACUGCUGGGGGUUUGAAGGCAGUUUUUUUUUUGGCGGGGUUGUCUUUGAAGAAGAUCCCGUUGGGGUUUGGGACCCACCUCCACUAUUUGCACCUCCACAUCACUUUGCCCUGUUGAGCUGAUGAUCCGAAAGCUGUGUUCAGGGUCCGGUCUGGGGCUGGGCGGUCGCUUCGGGGGUGUUCGCCUCUCCAGGCGGUUCGUCUUCCUGAUCCUGCUCAGUGCCUUGGUCACUGUGUGCUUCGGGGCCAUCUUCUUUCUACCGGACUCCGUUCGCCUCCGUCGCUUCUUCUUGUUGCCCUCCGAGCCGCAGCGUACAGACAGUGCAGGGAGCGGACUCGGGCUGGCAGUGGGAGCGGGGUCUGGGGCCGCUGCGGGCUCUCGGUACAAGCAGACAGGAACGCACGUUGGUCCCGUUCGGCGAAGACAGAACGACCGAUUCGUUAAAGAGUCAGUGUCGGCGCAGAUCCGCCAGGAGGUAACGGAAAGAGAGCAUAGCCUUCGGGAUUCAGAGAACGGGGUGGAGGUGCUGGACGCCAGCAACAUCCGCUAUCAGCCACUGCUGGAGGAAGGAACAGAGCUGGCAGAUCAAGACGUGAGGAGCCACCGGGAGAAAGUCAAAGAGAUGAUGAAGUUUGCUUGGGACAACUAUAGACGAUAUGCAUGGGGGACAAAUGAGCUCAAACCAUUGUCGAAGAGUGGACAUGCAAGUGGCUUGUUUGGAGGGCUUCUGGGAGCUACAAUUGUGGACUCUUUGGACACACUCUACAUUAUGGGUCUUCAGGAAGAGUUUACAGAAGCCAGAGAAUGGGUGGAAAACAACUUGGACUUUAAUGUGAAUGGAGAAGUGUCUGUCUUUGAGGUAACCAUACGUUUUGUCGGUGGGCUGUUGUCAGCAUAUUACUUAACAGAUGAUGAGUUAUUCAAGGUGAAAGCAAUUGAAUUGGGAGAGAAGCUAUUACCAGCAUUUAACACCCCAACAGGCAUCCCCUGGGCCUUGAUAAACCUCCGUAGUGGAGUUGGCCGGAACUGGGGCUGGGCCUCAGGAGGAAGUAGUAUUCUGGCAGAGUUUGGCACCUUACACCUCGAGUUCGUGCACCUGAGUGAGGUGUCAGGCAAUCCAAAGUUUGCUGAAAAGGUGAUGAAAAUCCGGAAAGUUCUGAAUCGGCUAGAAAAACCUCAUGGGCUUUACCCCAACUAUCUAAGCCCUGUUACUGGUCACUGGGGACAGCUUCAAAUCAAACAUGCAUAUCAACCUCUCAAAAAUGUUACCCAUGCUAUAGAGACAAAUCUAGUGAGAAAAUCUGCCAGUGGUUUGACCUAUAUUGCAGAAUGGAGGGGUGGAAUACUGGACCAUAAGAUGGGUCACCUAGCCUGUUUUUCUGGAGGGAUGUUAGCAAUGGGAGCUGAUGAUGCACCAGCAGACUUGUCUAAACAUUACAUGGAAUUAGCAGCAGAAAUCACCAUCACCUGCCAUGAGUCAUACAGACGUUCAGCAACAAGACUUGGUCCUGAAGCAUUUCGCUUUGAUGGUGGUGCAGAUGCUGUUGCUACAAGAAUGAAUGAUAAGUAUUACAUUCUGCGACCUGAAGUGGUUGAAACCUACAUGCACAUGUGGAGAUUUACCCAUGACCCCAGAUAUAGAGAAUGGGGCUGGGAGGCAGUGCAGGCUCUGGAGCAGUACUGUCGAGUAGAUGCAGGAUUUUCUGGGAUAAGAGAUGUGUACAGCACCUUGCCACAUCAUGAUGAUGUACAGCAGAGCUUUUUUCUUGCAGAGACAUUAAAGUACCUUUAUGUGCUGUUCUCUGAAGAUGAACUGCUGUCUCCAGAACACUGGGUAUUCAACACAGAGGCCCAUCCUCUGCCUAUAAUACAAAGGAACACACAAGAACAAGUGAUCACAAAUGAUCAGUAAACAAAUAUACCCUGAAGAAGGGUUAACCUUUAUCAGUCUUUUGGGUUGAGAUGCAUUUCCUUUCCAGUAAAGGACCUUUAUCGAUUUAGAUAGAAAUGGGUUAAGAGUCAGCAGUGUAAUCGAUGUGUUAUGGUGUUUGAUCUGCUCUGGACACAUUGAUUUCCUCUGUGAGGAGAUGAGUGGCCCUAUUGGCUGCUUGUCAGGGGCCACGCUGAAAGUAAAGUCUCAAAUAUAUUACUUGUCCACAAGGCUUGAAUGAGGGAGAAUGCAAGGAUCAAUUUGACUCUUCUUUCUGACCAAAGGAUUAAAAUUUCAUAAGUGUAAAGGCUGUUACUUUGCUUUCUUCUCACUUUAUAAAAGAAAUUGUGUAAAGCAAAGUAAAUGCAUAUUCAGUUCUUUAUAUUCGUAAUUAAACUAGCAUCUUUCUGGUACUAUGACCAAAUAUUGCAUUGACACCAUGAUCUAGAGAUUCUGAGGUUCCAUUACUCAUUGACUAGGCCUUUCAUUUUCUCUGUUGGGUCGCUGAUUGGUGUAUUUGUAUAAAAUGUUUCUAUGUGGUACCUUAACAUGUUUGUUAAUUAUUUAUCUUAAAUAAAUUAACAAAUGUGCUAAACAAUGAGGAUAAGAAUAUAACUAAAUUAGUCAACAGUGUUUGAAGAAAGAAUAUAAGAAAUGAAAUAUUAACAACUUGAAAUUCAUCUUGAGUAGUAGCAGUUUUGUCUUGCCAUUUACAUUCUGUCCACCUUACACUAAUGCCCAAGGCAAAUUUCACAAUUUAAAUGUUAUUUUUUAUUUUUCACAUCGAAUACUUUUCAAUCAAUACAAACUGAACCAAAAUAUCCUGAAGUAUUGGUAGUGAAAUUGGGCACUGCCAGCAGCAUGAAGUGGAUGCUUAGUAAAUUGGCAGCUAAAGUUUCACCUCUCCUGAUAUUCUUUACACUAAGGUUCACAGAACAAGAGUUCAGACACUUUUUUGGAGAUUGAUUUUCAUGUCCCACUCGGCUUUUACUUGAUUUGGAAUUCAAAAGCUUUGCAACAUUUUCCAAGUUAACAGAAAAUUUAAAACUGGCGCAGUGAAAAAUAUCAUCUAUGAAUUUGCUGCAAACCAUUUUUUGCACUGCUGGCAUACACCAGUUUCACCCCCAUUUUGUUUUACGUCAGCAGUUUUAUUUGAUAAUUAUGGUCAAGAAGAAAAUCAUUUUGUGUGGUGCUAAUUUGAUCUCAAUCAAACUUUACCAGAUAACCAUGUAACUUCUAAUCAAAGGUAUCUAUCUUAGGCAUAACUGAGGUGCAAUAUACACUUACGUCAAUCUGUUACAUAUUUACAUUCAUUCUGUCUCAUUUACAAUUUUAUGUAUGCAAUUAUGGCACUUAUUUUAUUCUUGAUUAUUUUACAUUGUUCUGAUCAAGUCAUACGUUUAUACUGUUUGGGCCUAAGCUCAGUUAUACAUUAAUGUCAAUUAUAUUAUAUUUAUACAAUUUGAUUCCAAUGUACAUUAGAACAAUUACAAACAUGAAAAUGACAGCCAGAAAAAGACUCAUGGGUGUAUAUAGCUUGUUCCCCACAUUAUGCAUCACAAUACGUUCACUUCACACCAACUCAGUGCCAUGUCUCCUUGGAGAGGUAAAAGCAAAACUAAAACCCCAAGCCUAUCAUGGAGAGAUCUGAAAAUUUUCUCUCUGAGCCCCUUAAGCAAUCAAAAUUAGUCCAGGAGAUCACAUUGUCCUGAACUACAUUAUACCAUAGUCUGCCUUUUGUUUAAUUAUUCUGAUUAAAGAAUUACAUGGCUCAAACAAAGAACUCUCAGUUGAUUGGGCCUGUGUUUGUGCUUAUUUAAGUACAUAACUUUUGUAUCAUUUUAUGUUCUUACUAUUCAAAUGCGUUUCCAAAUCCAUUUUAAAUGAUGCCUGAGUCAACAUACAUGAAUCAUUACCUCUUCUAAUAAUAACUGUGAAAAAUACUUACCACUUGCCCUUCUAUUGGUAAUUUUGAGUCUAAGUCCCUUGCAACUAGUUCACAAUGAGUGAAAACAAACUUUUAUUACUCUGUAAUGUUCAUAAUUUUGAAAACCUUCUUCAGAUCUGCCAAUUAAGUUUUCCCCUUCCAGUGAAAAAAAUGACCGUUUUUCGUGACAUCCUUUUAUACAAGUUCUCAUUCCAAGUGACAUUCAAGUAGGCCUCCAUUGUUUCUUUCCAUGACUCACCCUUCCAAUAAAGUCCAUACCGCAUUCAGUACUUUAACUAUACCCUUACCAGUGUUUUGAAAAACUGCAACAUUAUUUCAGUUUUUAUAUUUAGUAUUGCUCUGCACAAAACCCCAGAAUCUUUUAUUGGGAUGUAGUGGAAGGUGUAGUGAUAGAUAUACGUUUCUUUAUUUUAGGAGAUGAGAGGAUGCCUAGUUUUUAGCUGUGCAUAAUGAAGGGCAUACAUAGUAUACUCACUUUUUAUUGUUCAAAGGUCAUGUUUCUAAAAGCACAAAUUAGUAAAUCAUGCAAGGUUAAGAUGACAUGGCCCAGCUAUAUUUUGGCGAAUCCUUUAAGUGUAUGUGGCAGCUGCUAUUACAGCUUUAUUUGGACUAAUUGCUAUUAUAUUAAUAGUGAUUCAGUGUGAAUUCAAAAAUUUUAGAAAUUAUCAUCAGUGGUCUUUGUGGACAAAUGUAUCAUUAUAAUGGCCAUACAUAGGAAUAUAAUUAACACCAAUUUCUCUACACUCAUAAAGUAAGAGGUAAAUUUAUUAUGUAGUUAAAAGUCUACCUGAACAUCCCUGAUUCAUUUUAUAGAUUUGGGUCCAGAUUAUUGGUUGUAUUCUCCCAUUUGAAGCAGUAUAUAUGACAUUUGUAUCAUAAUCUAUUAAAAAUCUUGCAAUAUGGUAUCAUUUCCUGUCAAAAUUAGUUCCUGCAAUGCUUUCCUUAUCACACCCGAGCUUACUCAAAGACUCCCUAACUCAAAGAUAAAUUAAUAUGUAAGAAAUCUACACCAAACUAAUUGCUAGACAAUGCACCAAAUAGUGUCAAACAUCUAAAUUUCUUUAAGAGGAUAUUCUCAGAAUAUUCUUAUGAUACAGAUGUCAGGUGUAUAUGUUCACUUUUAGAAUUCGCAAUAAUGCAGUGAUCUUUUCAACAUUUGCCUAAGUUUCUUUGUUCCUCUAUUAUGUAAAGAAUGUUACCAUCAUAAGGGAUCAUUCGUAUUACUUUUCUGCAAAAUGUACUUUUUCUCAGUUCAUUCCAUUAAACUGUAGCUGCCAUCUAUCUGCCUACUCCCAGUCAUAGGGAAGUCUUGCUAAAACUAUACAACUAUACUAUUCAGACCACAGCUAGAAUACUGUGAACAGUUUUGAGCUGCUUAUCUAAGGAAAGACAUGCUGGCAUUGGAGGUAAUCCAGCAAAUGUUCACUAGGUGGAUUCUGGGUAUGGAGGAAUCAUCUUAUGAGGAGAGGUUGAGGAAGUCAGUCCUGUACUCAUUGGAGUUUAGAAGAAUGAGAG